AAACGGUAUGUAAAUCAUGACUUCAAAGAAACUUGAGUGAUCGGAGAAAUGUUUAAGUAAGAAAAGUCAGCUCUCUGACUCUGACUCUACUCUACCCCAAGAGGCCAUGGUAUGAUUCGAACCGCGACCUCCCCAUGCAGCUAAACUAAGCUAACACAGUUCCGCCUCCUGAACGAGUUAAACUAUCAACGAUAGUGAUAGUGAAACGUUUUCAUCAUGUCCAUGUGCUUUGAUGUGAGUGUGGUGUGAUCCAAAAUCCAAGUUUAGUUGCCAUAAGGAUAAACUUGAUGAAUUUUCGUACUUCGCGAAGAUAUUUGAUAAUUUUGUGGUGAUAAAAGGUAAUCAAUCAGAUCCGUUAUGAAAUGUAUUGGAUGUGGAAGAUGGAGUUCUGGCGGCCUUCACAACGUUCCGCAGGAACCAGAUUUACGAAAGCUUUGGUUGAAUGCAUGUGGUAUUGAUGAAUCAACUAAUAUGGCCAAGAAAGCAAAAUUAUGUGAACAGCAUUUUACUGAGGAUGAUUUUGUUCCCAGCGAUGUACAAUCACGAAGGCGUUAUUUGAAGAAACACGCUGUACCAAGUAUUAAAGUCGAUCCAGACCCAUCCAGCAAUCAUCAAGUCGAUUAUAAAUCUCAUUGUCUUAUAUGCGGCGGCUUAGAUGGAAGGAAACAGUCUUUUCAUUGGAUUCCUGUAGAUCCCAACGUUAGAGAACAAUGGCUGAGAAACGUUGGGAUAGAAGUAGCCGAUUUCAACACGACCCCUCGUUACUUAAAACUAUGCGAUUCUCAUUUUAGUGAAGACGACUUCAUUAUUCAUCCACAAUCGAAAAUACGCAGAUUACGAAAAGGUGCGCUGCCUUUCGCGAUAAAGCAAAAAGAACCAUCGAAAUCGAAAAUCUUAAAAGUCAACUCCUCUAAAACCUCAUCUGCAAAAUCCAAAGCAGUUGUUGCCGUUUCAAAUGCGGAGAACAUUUCAUGGGUACCUGAGAAAUUUUCCUUGAGAAAAGAAACCGUCACUCCUACUAUUGAUUUGACUUCUUCUUCGAGGAAAGGAGAUGUUACUCUCACUAUAGACUUGACUUCAGAAGAUGACAAACAUGCGAAUCCCAAAACUGUCGUCGGUUCAAGUACCAAAGACGUUUAUUCCGAUAAGAAGGCACUCGAUCAAUCCAGUAUUUCUUCUUUGAAAAAGGAAGGCGUUUCUCAUACUGUAGACUCGACUUUAUUGGAAGAUGUCCAAGAUCAAAAACCUGAGCAAGGCUUAAAAAGAAAACGGAAAAAGAAAAAAGUUCGAGUGGAAAACGAAUUAAUAGAUCCUGCAGAACCGUUGGAAUUGAAAAUCACAAAAAUGAAUUCUAAAACAUCUCAGAAAUCCGAAACUGUCUCCGUUUCAAGUACAGAGGGCGUUUCCGAUAAGAAGGCACCCGAUCAAUCCGGUAUUUCUUCUUUGAAAAAGAAACACAUUUCUCUUACUGUAGACUCGACUUUAUUGGAAGAUGACCAAGAUCCAAAACCUGAGCCAGACUUGAAAAGAAAACGGAAAAAGAAAAAAGUUCGAGUGGAAAACGUAUUAACAGAUCCUGCAGAAUCGUUGGAAUCGGAAAUCUCAAAAAUGAGUGCUAUUAAAACAUCAUCUCAGAAAUCCGAAACUGUCUCCAUUUCAAGUACAGAGGGCGUUUCCGAUAAGAAGGCACCCGAUCAAUCCAGUAUUUCUUCUUUGAAAAAGAAACACAUUUCUAUUACUGUAGACUCGACUUUAUUGGAAGAUGUCCAAGAUCCAAAACCUGAGCCAGACUUGAAAAGAAAACGGAAAAAGAAAAAAGUUCGAGUCGAAAACGUAUUAACAGAUCCUGCAGAAUCGUUGGAAUCGGAAAUCUCAAAAAUGAGUGCUAUUAAAACAUCAUCUCAGAAAUCCGAAACUGUCUCCGUUUCAAGUACAGAGGGCGUUUCCGAUAAGAAGGCACCCGAUCAAUCCAGUAUAUUUUCUUCUUUGAAAAAGAAACACAUUUCUCUUACUGUAGACUCGACUUUAUUGGAAGAUGUCCAAGAUCCAAAACCUGAGCCAGACUUGAAAAGAAAACGGAAAAAGAAAAAAGUUCGAGUCGAAAACGAAUUAACAGAUCCUCCAGAACCGUUGGAAUUGAAAAUCUCAAAAAUGACUUCUUCUAAUACAUCAGCUCAGACAUCCGAAACUGUCUCCGUUUCCAGUACAGAGGACGUUUCCGAUAAGAAGGCACCAGAUCAUUCCACUGUAUUUUCUUCCAAAAAGAAACGCAUUUCUCUUACUGUAGAAUCAACUUUGGAAGAUGUCCAAGAUCCAAAACCUGAGCCAGACUUGAAAAGAAAACGGAAAAAGAAAAAAGUUCGAGUCGAAAACGAAUUACCAGAUCCUCCAGAACCGAUGGAAACGAAAAUCUCAAAAAUGACUUCUUCUAAUACAUCAGCUCAGACAUCCGAAACUGUCUCCGUUUCCAGUACAGAGGACGUUUCCGAUAAGAAGGCACCAGAUCAUUCCACUGUAUUUUCUUCCAAAAAGAAACGCAUUUCUCUUACUGUAGAAUCAACUUUGGAAGAUGUCCAAGAUCCAAAACCUGAGCCAGACUUGAAAAGAAAACGGAAAAAGAAAAAAGUUCGAGUCGAAAACGAAUUACCAGAUCCUCCAGAACCGAUGGAAACGAAAAUCUCAAAAAUGACUUCUUCUAAUACAUCAGCUCAGACAUCCGAAACUGUCUCCGUUUCCAGUACAGAGGACGUUUCCGAUAAGAAGGCACCAGAUCAUUCCACUGUAUUUUCUUCCAAAAAGAAACGCAUUUCUCUUACUGUAGAAUCAACUUUGGAAGAUGUCCAAGAUCCAAAACCUCCUGAGUCAGACUUAAAAAGAAAACGGAAAAAGAAAAAAGUUCGAUUGGAAAACGAAUUACCAGAUCCUCCAGAACCGAUGGAAACGAAAAUCUCAAAUAUGACCUCUUGUAAAACAUCAUCUAAGAAAUUCAAAUCUGUUACCGUUUCAAGUACAGAAUAUGUUUCCGAUGAGAAGGCACCUGAACAUUGCAGCACUUCUUCGAAAAAAGAAGACGCUUCUCUGACUGUAGAAUCCAAUUUAGAAGAUGUCAAAAAUGAAAAUCCUCCUCAAUCUGAGCUAGAAAAAAAAGAGGGGCAUAUUCGUCGCUUGAAUAAUAAGAUAUCAUUAUUAAAAGGAGAAUUAGCACUUUACGAACCCUUUUACGAAAUCCUACUUGAACAAAAAUUAGUGAUGAAAAAGGGGAAAAAAAUGAUCAAAGAAAUCCUACAAAACCUGGAAGCUACGUAAAGUGACUGCAAUAUUGAUCGAUGUUGUGUUUGUACGUACAAAAUCAUAGUACGAGAUUUAUAAAAUUACUGUGUUCGUUGUUUUAAUUUGUAAGAUUUAUCAUGUCGUUCAAAGUUGGAGUUGACUUUGUCUUAUAGUUACGUAUUUCUAUUUUUUAUUCGCGAUGUUCUUCUGUUUUAUUAAGUUUUAUAUAUUUUUAGAUUAAUUGCUGUUUGCCAGCAAUGAAUUUAUAGAUUCCUGUUAUUACAUAUUUUCAAUUUUGUUCCAACUUUAUGCUCUUUCCAUUUCAAAAUCUAUUUAAAUUGGAAAAUUGAAAAACAAUAAUUAUUGAAAUUUCAAGAUUUUAGAGUCAGUUUAUCAGUACGUUGAAGUUGAAACUGUUGAAAGGUACGUGGAAUAAUAAUAAAUAAAAAUAAAUUUUGAGCACCUUUGUGACGUCAUGAAAAAUUCAAAAUCCGUUCGCCAAUCUACCAAUCAUAUACUUGGAAAAAUAGAAAGACCUUAUUCGCAUACGGCUUUGGCUUUGGUGAAAAAAUCAAAAUAUUCAAAACAUCAUGUAGGUACGCCAUUGCUCAUUGCUGAGUCUGAGUUUCUGUGAAAAUGUUUUUUUUUUCGUAAAAAAUUCAUGAAUAUUUGCCUCUUCGGCGUGAUUUCUGUUGCGAUUUAUUGUUUGAGUAUUAAUUAGUUCAGUUUAGUGUCACUUCUUAUAUUUCAUGAUUCAUUGAUAACGCCUGUAUCCGUUGAAGUAUAAUUUCAUCUGGGUUUGAAUUCUCACACUUAGCAUCAACCGAAAUUCUUG